UGAUGCGAAACAUACGAAAUUAUUUUUGCAUCGGGAUCCGCAUGAAUCGAUUCCCACUAGAGAUCCGUAUGAUUUAUACGUAUGAUGCGGAUCUUGCCCACCACUAACUGUCAGUAAAAGCGAAGCAUUUUUGAUACUAAUUGCGAAUUAAAAGGAAUAUUCAAAAUAAUACAAUGGCGUCUGCUGCGGCCGCAAAAAUUGCCGAAGUCCGCGAGACGACAAGAGUCGAAAGGAUCGGGGCACACUCCCACAUAAGAGGGUUAGGUUUAGAUGAAAGUUUAGAAGCAAGACAUGUUUCGCAAGGAAUGGUCGGGCAAGUCGCGGCUCGUAGGGCUGUGGGCAUCGUUUUGCAAAUGGUACGUGACGGUAGAAUUGCCGGACGAGCGGUAUUAUUGGCAGGACAACCAGGUACGGGAAAGACUGCUCUCGCCACAGCUUUGGCCGCAGCGUUAGGAUACGACACUCCUUUCACCAGCAUGGCCGGUUCAGAAAUAUACUCUCUAGAAAUGAGCAAAACCGAAGCCCUGACGCAGGCUAUAAGGAAAAGCAUUGGUGUUCGGAUCAAAGAGGAGAGCGAGAUCAUAGAAGGCGAAGUUGUAGAGGUGCAAAUUGAAAGGCCCGCCACUGGGGUCGGAGCCAAAGUCGGCAAGCUUAUACUCAAAACCACCGACAUGGAGACCGUUUACGAUUUGGGUGGGAAAAUGAUCGACAGCAUUCUGAAAGAAAAGGUGCAGAGUGGGGAUGUGAUCACAAUCGAUAAGGCUACAGGUAAAAUAACUCGGUUGGGCAGGUCUUUUGCCAGGGCCAGAGACUACGAUGCUACGGGCCAACAAACAAGGUUCGUUCAGUGUCCCGAAGGAGAGUUACAGAAACGAAAAGAGGUCGUACACACAGUGACUCUGCAUGAAAUCGACGUAAUCAAUAGUCGCACACAUGGAUUUUUAGCUUUAUUUUCAGGCGAUACGGGUGAAAUAAAACCUGAAGUGCGGGAACAAAUAAACGGCAAGGUAGCGGAAUGGAGGGAGGAGGGGAAGGCUGAGAUUAUCCCGGGGGUGUUAUUCAUCGACGAGGUGCACAUGCUGGACAUCGAAUGCUUUUCGUUCCUGAACCGAGCGUUGGAAAACGAAAUGUCCCCCAUAGUGAUAAUGGCGACGAACCGCGGCAUCACUAAGAUCCGGGGCACCACCUACAAAUCUCCGCACGGUAUACCCCUGGAUCUCCUCGACAGGACCAUCAUCGUUCCCACGCAGCCCUACGAGGAGAAAGAGUUGAGGGAAAUCUUGAGCAUACGUUGCGAGGAAGAGGACUGUCAGAUGUCGGACAACGCCCUGACCGUCCUGACGAGGAUCUCCAAGGAGACGUCGCUGCGUUACGGGAUGCAGCUCAUCAUGACUUCUAGUUUGAUAGCGAGGAAGCGGAAAGCGCACGAGGUGGACGUGGAGGAUAUCAAGAGGGCGUACCAGUUGUUCUUUGACGAAGGCAGAUCCGUCCAGUUCCUUAGGGAGUACCAGCAGGAGUUUAUGUUCAACGAAUUGGACGAUAAGGAUGAAAUGGAGAUGGAGACCAACUGAUGACGAUCGUUGAAAUGUGUUCUGUUUAUAUAUUUUUUUAAGUCUCGCUUUGAUAAGUUUGAUUGUAAAAUUUGUUGUAUUCUCAGUUUAAGUCAAUAAAUUACUUU